ACGUCCGCGCGUGCUUUCGUCAGCACGUGCGCGCCCCGCGACCGCCUUCCCUUACCCGCGCGACGCGAGGGCGGGGGCGCUGCGUGCGCGCGCGCUCUCGUGUUCGCCCCUCGCUCGCUCGUUCGCUCGCUCUCGGCGGGCCGCUCUCGCUGAGGCUGCGGCUGAGGCUGGGGGCGGCGGCGGCGGCGACGGCGGCGGCGCGGGCGGCGGGCGGCGCGCGGCGGUCCGGCGGGUUCAAAGAGGAAAACAUGGCGGAAAACAAAGGCGGCGGCGAGGCUGAGAGUGGUGGCGGGGGCGGCGGCAGCGCGCCGGGAACCGCCGGGGCCGCGGGGCCCGCGGCGCAGGAGGCGGAGCCGCCUCUCGCCUCGGUGCUGGUGGAGGAGGAGGAGGAGGAAGGCGGCCGGGCCGGCGCGGAGGGCGGCGCGGCGGGGGCCGACGACGACGGGGGGGCCGCGGCCUCCUCGGGCCCGGCCGCUGCCGCCGCCGCCCCUGCGGCCUCGGGCCCCGCGGCUCCCGGCGGCCCCGCGUCGGCGUCGGCCUCGGCCUCCGCGUCGGCUGCGGGCCCGGGCCCCGCGGCGGGGCCGCCGGCCUCGCUCCUGGACACCUGCGCGGUGUGCCAGCAGAGCCUGCAGAGCCGGCGCGAGGCGGAGCCCAAGCUGCUGCCCUGCCUGCACUCCUUCUGCCUGCGCUGCCUGCCCGAGCCCGAGCGCCAGCUCAGCGUGCCCAUCCCGGGGGGCAGCAACGGCGACAUCCAGCAAGUUGGUGUGAUACGGUGUCCAGUGUGCCGCCAAGAAUGCAGACAGAUAGACCUUGUGGAUAAUUAUUUUGUGAAAGACACAUCCGAAGCCCCUAGCAGUUCUGAUGAGAAAUCAGAACAGGUGUGCACUAGUUGUGAAGACAAUGCAAAUGCUGUUGGCUUUUGUGUAGAAUGUGGAGAGUGGCUAUGUAAAACGUGCAUUGAAGCACAUCAGAGAGUCAAGUUCACUAAGGAUCACUUGAUCAGGAAGAAGGAAGAUGUCUCAGAGUCUGUUGGGACAUCUGGUCAGCGUCCUGUUUUCUGCCCUGUACACAAACAAGAGCAGCUGAAACUUUUUUGUGAAACAUGCGAUAGACUGACCUGUAGAGACUGCCAGCUAUUGGAGCACAAAGAACAUAGGUAUCAGUUUUUGGAAGAAGCAUUUCAAAAUCAGAAAGGUGCAAUUGAGAAUUUAUUGGCUAAGCUUCUUGAGAAAAAGAAUUAUGUUCAUUUUGCAGCUACCCAGGUACAGAAUAGGAUAAAAGAAGUAAAUGAAACUAACAAACGAGUAGAACAGGAAAUUAAAGUGGCCAUUUUCACCCUUAUCAAUGAAAUUAAUAAGAAAGGAAAAUCUCUCUUACAGCAGCUAGAGAACGUUACGAAAGAAAGGCAGAUGAAGCUCCUGCAGCAGCAGAGUGACAUCACAGGCCUUUCCCGGCAGGUGAAGCAUGUCAUGAACUUUACAAACUGGGCGAUUGCGAGUGGCAGCAGCACCGCUCUGCUGUACAGCAAGCGGCUGAUUACUUUUCAGUUGCGUCAUAUUUUGAAAGCAAGGUGUGACCCUGUUCCUGCUGCUAAUGGAGCAAUCCGUUUCCAUUGUGAUCCCACCUUCUGGGCAAAGAAUGUAGUCAACUUAGGUAAUCUAGUAAUAGAGAGUAAACCAGCUCCUGGUUACACUCCUAAUGUGGUGGUUGGGCAAGUUCCUCCAGGAACAAACCACAUUAGUAAAACCCCUGGACAGAUUAACUUAGCACAGCUUCGACUCCAGCACAUGCAACAGCAAGUGUAUGCACAGAAACAGCAGCAGUUGCAGCAAAUGAGGAUGCAGCAACCACCAGCCCCUGUGCCCACCACAACAGCCACGGCGGUGCAACAGCAUGCCAGACAGGCAGCCCCACAAAUGUUACAGCAGCAGCCUCCAAGAUUGAUUAGUGUGCAAACAAUGCAGCGAGGCAACAUGAACUGUGGGGCUUUCCAGGCCCACCAGAUGAGACUGGCUCAGAACGCUGCCAGGAUUCCAGGCAUCCCCCGACACAGCGGCCCUCAGUACUCCAUGAUGCAGCCGCACCUCCAAAGACAACAUUCAAACCCAGGCCAUGCUGGACCCUUUCCUGUGGUAUCGGUACACAACACCACAAUUAACCCAACAAGCCCUACCACAGCAACUAUGGCAAAUGCAAACCGAGGUCCUACUAGCCCAUCUGUUACAGCCAUAGAGCUAAUCCCCUCAGUUACAAAUCCAGAGAACCUUCCGUCCCUGCCAGAUAUUCCUCCUAUACAGUUGGAAGAUGCUGGAUCAAGUAGUUUAGAUAAUCUACUAAGUAGAUACAUUACUGGCAGCCAUCUACCCCCACAGCCUACAAGCACCAUGAACCCUUCCCCAGGACCCUCUGCCUUAUCUCCAGGAUCAUCAGGUUUAUCAAAUUCUCACACUCCUGUGAGGCCCCCUAGUACCUCUAGUACCGGCAGUCGAGGCAGCUGUGGAUCAUCAGGGAGAACUGCUGAGAAGACAAGUCUUAGUUUCAAGUCAGAGCAAGUGAAAGUCAAGCAGGAGCCUGGGAUGGAGGAUGAAGUGUGCAGCUUCUCAGGGGCUGUGAAGCAGGAGAAGGCAGAGGAUGGCAGGAGGAGUGCCUGCAUGUUGAGCAGCCCUGAGAGUAGCUUGACACCACCUCUCUCAACUAACCUGCAUCUAGAGAGUGAACUGGACGCGUUAGCAAGCCUAGAGAAUCACGUGAAGACUGAGCCCACUGAUGUGAAUGAAAGCUGCAAACAGUCUGGGCUCAGUGGCCUAGUGAAUGGGAAGUCUCCAGUUCGAAGCCUCAUACACAGGUCGGCAAGGAUUGGAGGGGAUGGCAGCAGCAAAGAUGAGGACCCCAAUGAGGACUGGUGUGCCGUCUGCCAGAAUGGAGGGGAUCUGUUGUGCUGUGAAAAAUGUCCAAAGGUCUUUCAUCUAACUUGUCAUGUUCCAACACUUCUUAGCUUUCCAAGUGGGGACUGGAUAUGCACAUUUUGCAGAGAUAUUGGGAAGCCAGAAGUUGAAUAUGAUUGUGAUAAUUUACAGCACAGCAAGAAGGGGAAAACCGUACAGGGGUUGAGCCCUGUGGACCAAAGGAAAUGUGAACGUCUUCUGCUUUACCUCUAUUGCCAUGAAUUAAGUAUUGAAUUCCAGGAGCCUGUUCCUGUGUCGAUACCAAACUACUACAAGAUUAUAAAGAAACCAAUGGAUUUAUCCACCGUGAAAAAGAAGCUUCAGAAAAAACAUUCCCAACAUUACCAAGUCCCAGAUGACUUUGUGGCUGAUGUUCGUCUGAUCUUCAAGAACUGUGAAAGGUUUAAUGAAAUGAUGAAAGUUGUUCAAGUUUAUGCAGACACACAAGAGAUUAAUUUGAAGGCUGAUUCAGAAGUAGCUCAGGCAGGGAAGGCAGUGGCAUUGUACUUUGAAGAUAAACUCACAGAGAUCUACUCAGACAGGACCUUCGCACCUUUGCCAGAGUUUGAGCAGGAGGAAGAUGAUGGUGAGGUAACUGAGGACUCUGAUGAAGACUUUAUACAGCCUCGCAGAAAACGCCUGAAGUCAGAUGAGAGGCCAGUACACAUAAAGUAAAUUGACAUGGAUUUAAAUGAGUUGUUUUUAAAAGAAAAGAAAACCAAUUCUUUUAUUUAAGUGUUGCUGUGGAAUAUCCUGCCUGCGGUGGGCCCCUCCUAGAGGAAGCCGAUGGUUUCUACCAGUAUUAGAAUGGAACGAUGGACCGACAUGCUUGUCAACAAGGGGUGGGGGGAACACACCUUGCAACUUCUGAGUGAACGAGCAGAAGUAAAAUGAUGUUCUGUGAAUGUUGAUCACAUAGUAUUAUAGUGUACAACAUUGGGUACCUAAGUACACAAAACUCAGGUUGCUCAAUACAUUAUCUUUUUGGACUGGAGUAUACAGUUAUUAAAACAACUAAGCUUUCCCCCUUUAUACACACAACAAUAGGUUGGUUUUUAGGUUUUUCUUUUUUCCUUAAAAAAGAAAAGGAGCUCAGAUUCCACUUUAAUAUCCAUGCAGAUAUGCAUUGAAUCAUGAAAGUAUGUCCUUCCCACCCAAAUGUCAUGCUGUUGGGUCUUAGUUUUUAACUUGGCUUGAACUCCACAUAGUUUUGUUUCUCCUCACACAUGACUGUUGGUGGUGCCAUCACCUCAGUGGUCUGUUGAAAUACUGUGGUGAUUUCCCAGUCCUCAUCUCCAGAGACCCAUUCCCCAUGCGGCACCUCCCAUUCAGACCCACGCAAGGCAGAAUGUUUGUUCAAAGUCCACCUGGUUUUCUGUACAUGUAAAUUUGAUGGAGAAGGUAACAACUGGCUCUUACGCAGUCUUCCUUCAUAUAUCAGUUUUCCAAUAGAGCAUUAUUGGUAAACAGUAAUCUGUCAACUACCAAAUGUGUAAAAUUUUCUGUAAUUCACUUUGUCUUAUUUGUAAAUAGUGAACUAAAAGUGGCAGAUCAGCAACAUUUGCUGAGCCUGUUUUUUUAAGCUAACGUGUAUUCUUACUAAUGUCUCUAUCAAAAAUGGGUUUGUAAUAUAUGCUGUCUAUUUCUAAUGUUCACAUUCAUAUUUUGAGGUUCUAUCUUAUUUUAAUAGAGAACAGACUUCUCAGAAAAUCUUCAGAAGCAGCUUAUUAUUGAAAUAUCACAAUAUUGAAAUAAAACCCGGUGGGGUUAGAUUACUCAUCUGUCCACCAAGUGGGACAUUUGCCUGGACUUGGGGCUCGAAAAGACC